AUGUCGACCUCUUCCGGAACCCCAGAAUCAUGGAUUUCUUCCUUUUGCUCCCUGCUCGGCCACGAGUAUUUCGCCGAAGUCUCGGAGGAGUUUAUCGAGGAUGACUUCAACCUUACCGGCCUACAAAAUCAGGUCGCCAUGUACAAGGAAGCGCUCGAGAUGAUCCUUGAUGUUGAGCCAGAAGAGGACGAGGAAGAUGACGAGGAGGAAGAGGAGGACGAGGAGGAUGUUUCGGGAGACGCGCGGGAUGGGAUGGGCGGACGAGAGAGAAGGCACCAUAGCCGUGUCGCUAGCGACCUCUCCGUGAUAGAGUCCUCCGCCGAGAUGCUCUACGGAUUAAUCCACCAGCGCUUCAUCUGCUCGAGGGCCGGCAUCCAACAAAUGUCGGAGAAGUACGAGCUGGGCCACUUCGGGGUCUGCCCACGCACGAACUGCAACCAAACCAGGACUCUCCCCGUCGGCCUCUCCGACAUACCCGGCGAAGACACCGUCAAGCUCUUCUGCCCUUCGUGCCUCGACGUCUACGUUCCACCCAACAGCCGCUUCCAGACCGUCGAUGGUGCCUUCUUCGGCCGCACCUUUGGCGCGCUCUUCCUCCUCACCUUCCCCGACUACGACCUCUCGCGGUCCGGCGCCGAGACAGCCGCCAACCUGGGCCGGUCAGCCGACGAGCACGGCAUGGUCAACGGCAUGUACGCGCGCAACAUCGCGCCCGGCCUGGGGCGCGGCAAGAUCUACGAGCCCAAGAUCUACGGAUUCAGGGUAUCUGAGGUGGCGCGCUCCGGCCCGCGCAUGCAGUGGCUGCGCGAGAAACCCGACGACGUAACGCUGCUGGACGAGGCGCGCAACUUUGCCGAAGAGCACGGGGCGGACUCGGACGACGACGACGAGAGCAUGAUGAACAGCGGGCGGCCCACGGCGAGGCGGCGGCCGGCCGGAAACCCGGCGUUGAGGCAACGGCAGGGGCAGAACGGGAGUCCUAUGAGGGUGGAUGCUAACGGCGCCGAGUCAGAGCUCUAA